UCUUUCUUUCUGUCUGUCUGAUGUGAUUGGUCAGUUUUGUGUCAGUGUGCACUAUGUGGAGGUAUAAAACCCCUGCUGGGGGUGGAGACAAGAGUAUCCUGCCGUCUAUCACUGAAAGCUGUGUUGGCUCCCUGGCGGUGCUGUUAUCAUUUACAACAACAUCUCUGACUUUGGAUCCGUGACAUUCCACCAUGUGUAAAGGACUUGCAACUCUUCCUGCGACAUGCCUGAAAAGUGCCAAAGUCAUCAAACAUAAAAUCAGCUUCUUACUCCAGAAGCCUGAUCCCCAAGCAGCUGAUCACAAGCAAAGCAACGAGGAGAGCGCUGCUGCUGAGAGCACGCCUACAGCGUCUGAGGUGAAGAAAUGGGAGGAGUCUUUCAGCCACUUGAUGAACAGUCAAAAGGGUCGUACGGUCUUCGGCAACUUCCUGAGGUCAGAGUUUAGUGAGGAGAACAUGGAUUUCUGGAUCGCCUGCGAAGACUACAAGAAGUGUUCCCCUUUGGAGCUGGAGACCAGAGCCAAGCAGAUCUACCAGCAACAUGUUGAGGCAAAUGCUCCUAAUGAGGUAAACAUAGAUGCAGCAACUAGAGAAGAAACGAGACAGAAUGUGGAGAAGGCCAGCCUGUCUUCUUUCAACAAGGCUCAGCAGAUGAUCUACAACUUGAUGGAGAAAGACUCCUACAGGCGCUUCAUCAACUCAAAACUGAUCCAGGAUCUGGGUCAGACGCAGACCACCACUGUUCAGGAGAAGAACAACAAGAAAAAGUGGGACUGUGCCAAGAACAUGCAGGAGUUAAGUGCUGGCGCCUAAACAGCAAGCACACAUGGAAGACUUAAAGAAGGUGCCAAA